CGCCAGGCUGGCGCCAGUUCAGCCAGUUCAGCCAGUUCAUCGUGGUGACGCAGGCGUGUUCCGCGUCUGCGGAGGAUGAUGGACAGGCCGCUGAGACCCCACGGGUAUACCAGACGGGACCCGCCAAGAUGGGGCGCGUUCGCACCAAGACCGUGAAGAAGGCGGCCCAGGUCAUCAUCGAGAAGUGCUACACGCGCCUGGGCAACAACUUCCACACCAACAAGCUCAUGUGCGAGGAGAUCGCCAUUAUCCCCAGUAAGAAGCUCUGGAACAAGAUAGCGGGGUGUGUCACACAUCUGAUGAAGCGGAUUCAGAGAGGACCUGUGAGAGGCAUCUCCAUCAAACUGCAGGAAGAAGAGAGAGAGAGGAGAGAUAAUUAUGUCCCUGAGGUCUCAGCCCUGGAUCAGGAGAUCAUUGAAGUUGAUCCUGACACAAAGGAAAUGCUGAAGCUCUUGGACUUUGGCAGCCUGUCCAACCUGCAGGUCACUCAGCCUACAGUUGGGAUGAAUUUCCAAACACCACGUGGAGCCGUUUGAAUCCUUCUGCUGUGCUGUAUAAUAUCAAUACAUCAUCAACAACCUAAAAAAAGAACUUCAGAGCUGACUAUUGGGUUUUCUAUUCCUUGC